GGAUAGUUUAAUGAUUAACUCGGACUUUCACUGCGUAGCCAAAAUUGGCACUCUAUAAAAACUUGUGCCAAAGUGAGCCCCAAUCUGCUGUGACUCUGUUCUGUGAUUGCGCAAUUUUGUUUUCUGGGGAUUUUUUUCACCCACUUUAAUUUUAGACGUCAGACUGUGUUGUGGGUUCAUCCAGCGGGAUGUUUGUCAGGCUGAGCGCGACGCUGCGUCCUGCGCUCAGACGCGCUCAGCCGUCCUGGAGACCCCGGACGCAGAGCCGCGGAUGUGCUGCCAAAUCUGCCGCUGUCCAUCUGCACCAGGACUGUCUCGAGCUCAGCUAUGGAGGGACACCGAUGCGCUUUAACUACGUGUGGCUGCGGGAUCACUGCCGCUCCGCAGAAUCUUUCAACUCCUCAACGCACCAGAGGAACGUGGACACCGGCAGCAUAGAGCUCUCUAUCCGGCCCGACAGGACCGCAGUGGAGGAUGGACACCUGGUCCUCACCUGGCCUGGUGGUCACGUUUCAAAGUACAGCCUCAGCUGGUUAGCUGAGAACAGCUAUGAAGUCAGUAAGCAGCGCACCGUACACCAACGCAUCCUCUGGAACUCAGACAUCUAUGAAUCCGCAAACGUACCGUCGGCCACGUACGACAAGUUCAUGAGCUGCGAUGACGAGAUGAAGAAGUUUCUUCAGAACUACCUCCUGUAUGGGAUCGCUUUUGUAGACGAGGUUCCUGCUACAGUGGAGGCCACACAGGAGGUCACCCAGAGGGUCAGCCUGAUCAGAGAGACGACAUAUGGCGGAAUGUGGUGCUUUACUUCAGAUUUUUCCAGAGGAGACUCUGCGUACAGCCAGCUGGCCCUGGACCGUCACACUGACACCUCGUACUUUCAGGAACCGUGUGGAAUCCAGGUUUUCCACUGUCUGAAGCACGAGGGAACCGGGGGAAGGACUCUGCUUGUGGACGGGUUCUACGCUGCUGAACAAGUGCGGCAGAAGUCGCCUGAGAACUUUGAGCUGCUUGCUACGGUGCCCAUCAGGCACGACUACAUCGAAAAAUCCGAAAGCCACCAGAACCACAUGACGGGCAUCGGCCCUGUGCUCAGCGUCUACCCGUGGAACAAUGAAGUUUACCUGAUGAGGUACAACAACUACGACCGAGGCGUGAUCAACACCGUCCCCCAUGAUGCUGUGCGGCGCUGGUACGUGGCUCAUCGAGAGCUGACGACGGAGCUGAGGCGUCCAGAGAAUGAGCUGUGGGUCAAACUGACUCCAGGGAAAGUGAUUUUCAUCGACAACUGGCGCGUCCUGCACGGGAGGGAGUCUUUCACCGGCUUGAGGCAGCUCUGUGGAUGCUAUCUGACCAGAGACGACAUCAUCAGCACCGCUCGCUGUCUGGGUCUGCCGGCUCUGUCCUGAACAUGGAGGCCCCUCAUGUGCCUUAUCAGUCUGCCUGUAGGAUUAAUUACAUUUGCACUAAGAGUCUUCUGACAGCUGGAGCAUGCUGUCGUUUGCUCGUCUUUAUUUUGUUGAUUUUUUUCAAAAGCUUUAAUUAGAAUCAGAGACGUCUCCUGAAUUAUACUUGAAUGCUGAAAUCCUUAAAGGUCUUCCACUUCUUGAGCUGGUACAAUCACAUGGAACGAUGUAGGAGAGAACAGGAUUGCACAGAAAGCAGUAAAAUUCAACUUCAGGCAGACGAUGACCCGGUCAGUGUGAACAAACCGUCUGUGCAGGAUGCCAGUGCUGUCUGCCACAGUGAAGAAGCUCUUUUUUAGCUGAGGUCUAAUCAUAGAAUCACUGUUUGACUCCAUAAAGAUGUCCAGCAGCAGCUCUUUAAUAUCCCAGUUAAAGGAGGCAUAUUGGAUGUGUCCGUGCUGCCGUCACACUUGCCAAAAAGUCCUAAAUUUACGGUUAGUAGCUUUGACGCUGGCAGAGGGUAGCCAAGUUGUUCAGCUUUAAAUUUACUGUGGGGUCAGAGACGGAGCUGUUUAAUGUUUGCUUUUUCUAAUGGGAAAAUAAAUAAUGUUGGUGUGACGCUGUUGCAUAAAAUGCACGUAAUUUAUCUGCAGAUGUGAACGGAGGCGCUGAUCAAACCAACGGUGCCGUCACUUCUGGCUUUUUUUUUUCCUUUUUUUUUUAAACCUUCAAAUACGAUGGAUGUAUUUGUCACUGGUGCUUUUCUGAUUAUUUGGAAUGAAUAAAAAAAUGAUGCAGAUGUAAA